AUGCAGUGGACUCAUCAGAAAAUGAAACUUUAUGCACUGCAGCGUCAAACCCGGAAGUUGUUGCUUUCAAAUCAUAAAGUUGAUAGUAUAAGCCUUGCAGUCGUUACUUCAAACCCAAAUUCCAAAGUUAACACUUCCAAACCGAAAGUUGGCGAUACAAGGCAUGAAAUUCCAUCUUCUUUGGAGGAUACCUUAGUAACCCCAUUUGAUAUAUCUCCACUACCUCAGGCACCUCCUCAGACGCAGAGUUCAAGACCUUCUCAAGGAGCAACUGUUUUUACCUCCACACCAAAUUAUCUUUUAGUAAAAGAAAAAAUAAAAACACCCAGGUCAACUUUACAAGCAGCUAGAAAAGCCAUAAGCCUAAAGGUGUUUGGAAAAAAGAAAGAAAAUAAAGGGGCAAGUUUUGAUGAAUACGACGCCGCCUGUAUAUUUUGCUUGGAAUUAUUCAGUAAAUCGUAG